UCACCCCCCUGCGCUCCCCUGCACGUGUGUGCAUUUCAAUAUAUUUCAAUAUAUUUGCAUGAUUUUGAAACAUCAGGUUGAAUAGAACUUACAGCCUUUUCAAAUUUUCCAAAAUGUAUCGUGGAUUUGCUCGUGUCCUGUCGAAUUUCUCAGCCCUUUCAACGUUGCCAAAAUGUGUGUGUUCAAACACUCUGGCUUCCCUAAAGUUCAAGAACAUCUAUAUAUACAGAAUAGCAUCAGUUCGUAGUUAUGCGGAGAAGGCAACAUUUAGUCGAGAGAAGCCUCAUGUGAAUAUUGGUACCAUUGGUCAUGUUGAUCAUGGGAAAACAACAUUGACUGCUGCUAUUACUAAAGUUCUAUCUGGUGCUGGUCAAGCGAAAUACAAAUCAUACACAGACAUUGACAAUGCACCAGAGGAGAAAGCGAGAGGAAUUACCAUCAAUACAGCUCAUGUUGAAUAUGAGACAGAAAACAGACAUUAUGGUCAUGUUGAUUGCCCUGGCCAUGCAGAUUACAUCAAGAACAUGAUUACUGGCGCUGCCACCAUGGAUGGUGCGAUCUUAGUCGUUGCUGCCACGGACGGUCAAAUGCCUCAGACCAGAGAACAUCUCUUGCUUGCCAACCAGGUUGGUGUAAAAAAACUGGUUGUUUAUGUUAACAAAGCGGACAUGGUUGAAGAUCCAGAAAUGUUGGAGCUGGUCGAGCUGGAAUUAAACGAACUUCUCCCGACGUUCGGUUACGACGAAGACACGCCGAUCAUCGUCGGUUCAGCUCUCUGCGCGCUGGAGGACCGGGAACCAGAGCUCGGCGUCGAAUCAGUGAAGAAACUCCUCGAAGCCGUUGAUUCGUACAUACCAACACCACCACGUGACCUCGAUAAACCCUUUCUCAUGCCGGUCGAAGACGUCUACUCGAUCGCCGGUCGGGGCACCGUCGUGACGGGCCGUAUCGAACGGGGGGUGGUCAAGAAAGGUGACGAGGUUCAAUUCGUUGGCCAUAAAAGUGGGACGAAGACUGUAGUCACAGGACUUGAGAUGUUCCACAAGACGUUGGACAGGGGUGAAGCUGGUGAUAAUUUGGGUGCUUUAGUACGUGGUAUAAAGCGUGAUGAAGUGAAGCGUGGUGUCGUGCUCUGUAUGCCCGGCUCAGUCACUUCACAUUCAAAAUUUUCCGCUGAGGUCUACAUUCUCAAGAAAGAGGAAGGAGGGAGACACAAGCCGUUUGUGACGAACUACACGCCACAAAUGUACGUUCGAACAGGAGAUGUCGCAGCCACCAUAACUUUACCUGAAGACAAACAGUUCGUGAUGCCAGGAGAGAAUGCUAACCUUAACUUUGAACUAAUGUGGGACAUGCCUCUAGAAACUGGCCUCAGGUUCACCUUGAGGGAAGGCAGUAAAACUGUAGGAACAGGAGUUGUGACGAAACUUGGUGAUUGAUGACGGAAGUUGAUAAGUGUUUGGGAUUAGAGUUUAACAAUCUAAUAUCUGUAAAAAUCUUGAAAAGAUUAAUUUUGAUCCUGUGUCUACAUCUUA